UGUGCCAAGGACUCCGAGGAGUCCUUCGUCUGCCGGGCACUCAAAGCUGAGGAGGGCAAUUUGGUUUUGAUGCUGCGCCAGGAGCCUUCGGACAAUGAGUUACUGGAGCUCGGAGAAGAGGCGCUGUGUGCAGUACCGCAGGCACUUUCUGGCCGACAACAGCGUGUUUCACGUUGAAAGAUGCAUGAGUGUAAUGCAGUCCGGGACGCAGAUGAUCAAACUGAAGCGUGGGACCAAAGGGCUCGUCCGGCUCUUUUACCUGGAUGAGCACCGCACCCGCCUCCGCUGGCGACCGUCUAGGAAGAGCGAGAAGGCAAAAAUACUUAUCGAUUCCAUUUACAAAGUCACCGAGGGCCGGCAGUCUGAAAUAUUCCACAGACAAGCUGAGGGGAACUUUGACCCCAGCUGCUGCUUCACCAUCUACCAUGGCAACCACAUGGAGUCCCUGGACCUCAUCACCUCCAACCCCGAGGAGGCCCGUACCUGGAUCACAGGCCUCAAGUACCUGAUGGCUGGCAUCAGUGAUGAAGACUCCCUGGCCAAGAGGCAGAGGACCCAUGACCAGUGGGUGAAGCAGACCUUUGAGGAAGCUGAUAAAAAUGGUGAUGGUUUAUUGAAUAUUGAAGAGAUCCACCAACUGAUGCAUAAACUAAAUGUUAAUCUGCCCCGAAGAAAAGUCAGACAGAUGUUUCAGGAAGCUGACACAGAUGAGAAUCAGGGAACUCUGACCUUUGAAGAGUUUUGUGUUUUUUACAAAAUGAUGUCUUUGAGACGAGACCUUUAUCUGUUGCUCCUGAGCUACAGUGACAAGAAAGAUCAUCUAACUGUGGAAGAACUGGCUCAGUUUUUGAAGGUGGAACAAAAGAUGAAUAAUGUGACAACGGACUACUGUCUUGACAUCAUAAAGAAGUUUGAAGUUUCAGAAGAAAAUAAGGAGAAAAAUGUUCUUGGCAUAGAAGGCUUCACGAACUUCAUGCGCAGUCCUGCUUGUGACGUGUUUAACCCGCUGCACCAUGAAGUGUAUCAAGACAUGGACCAGCCCCUCUGCAACUACUACAUUGCCUCUUCCCACAACACCUACCUGACCGGGGACCAGCUCCUUUCUCAGUCCAAAGUGGACAUGUACGCACGGGUGCUGCAAGAGGGCUGUCGCUGCGUGGAAGUUGACUGCUGGGACGGCCCAGACGGAGAGCCUGUAGUACACCAUGGGUAUACUCUCACUUCCAAAAUUCUCUUCAGAGACGUUGUGGAGACCAUCAACAAGCACGCCUUUGUGCGGAAUGAGUUUCCGGUUAUUUUGUCUAUCGAGAAUCACUGUAGUGUCCAGCAGCAAAGGAAGAUUGCUCAGUACCUGAAAGGAAUAUUCCAAGACAAACUGGACCUCUCCUCUGUAGACACCGGGGACUACAAGCAGCUUCCAAGCCCUCAAAGUUUGAAAGGCAAAAUCCUCGUGAAGGGCAAGAAGUUGCCUUAUCACCUUGGGGAUGACGCAGAGGAAGGGGAAGUUUCCGAUGAAGACAGUGCAGAUGAAAUUGAAGAGGAGUGCAAGUUCAGGCUCCAUUAUAACAACGGGACCACUGAACAUCAGGUAGAAUCUUUCAUAAGGAAGAAACUGGAGUCACUGUUAAGAGAAUCUCAAAUUCGAGAUAAAGAAGAUCCUGAUAGUUUCACAGUGAGGGCCCUACUGAAGGCAACACAUGAAGGCUUAAAUGUGCACCUGAAGCAGAAUCCAGAUGUGAAGGAAAGUGGGAAGAAAUCACAUGGACGAUCCCUCAUGACCAACUUUGGAAAACAUAAGAAAACUACAAAAUCACGGUCUAAAUCUUAUAGUACUGAUGAUGAUGAGGAUACACAGCAGAAUCCUGGCAAGGAGGGUGGCCAGCUGUACAGGUUGGGGCGCCGAAGGAAGACCAUGAAGCUCUGCCGGGAACUCUCGGAUCUGGUUGUGUACACCAACUCCGUGGCCGCCCAGGACAUCGUGGAUGAUGGAACCACGGGGAACGUGUUAUCAUUCAGCGAAACAAGAGCACAUCAGGUGGUUCAGCAGAAGUCAGAGCAGUUCAUGAUUUAUAACCAAAAGCAGCUCACGAGGAUUUACCCCUCUGCCUACCGCAUAGAUUCCAGCAACUUCAACCCUCUGCCCUACUGGAACGCAGGGUGCCAACUAGUGGCACUGAACUAUCAGUCUGAAGGCCGAAUGAUGCAGUUAAAUCGAGCCAAAUUCAAGACAAAUGGCAACUGUGGCUACGUCCUCAAACCCCAGCAAAUGUGCAAAGGUACUUUCAACCCUUUCUCUGGUGAUCCACUUCCUGCCAACCCCAAAAAGCAGCUCAUCCUGAAAGUGAUCAGUGGACAGCAACUCCCCAAACCUCCAGAUUCCAUGUUUGGAGACCGGGGUGAGAUCAUUGAUCCCUUUGUUGAAGUUGAAAUUAUUGGAUUGCCAGUAGAUUGUUGUAAAGACCAAACCCGAGUGGUGGAUGACAAUGGAUUUAACCCUGUGUGGGAAGAAACCCUGACAUUUACCGUACACAUGCCAGAAAUAGCUUUGGUGCGAUUCCUCGUGUGGGACCAUGAUCCCAUUGGACGAGACUUCGUUGGACAAAGAACUGUGACCUUCAGCAGCUUGGUGCCUGGCUACCGGCAUGUCUAUUUGGAAGGACUGACAGAAGCAUCUAUAUUUGUCCACAUAACAAUCAAUGAAAUCUACGGAAAGAACAGGCAGCUCCAAGGCCUGAAGGGACUGUUCAAUAAGAAUCCCAGGCACAAUUCUGCAGAAAACAACUCCCAUUAUGUGCGGAAACGAUCCAUCGGAGACAGAAUUCUGCGGCGCACGGCCAGUGCUCCAGCCAAAGGCAGGAAAAAGAGCAAAAUGGGCUUCCAAGAAAUGGUAGAGAUAAAGGAUUCGGUGUCUGAGGCCUCGAGAGACCCUGAUGGUGUCCUGAGGAGGACCACACGGAGCUUGCAAGUACGCCCUGUCUCCAUGCCUGUUGACAAAAGUCUUCUGGGAGCUUUGUCACUGCCUGUUCCUGAACCAGCAAAAGGCACUGAAGGAAGAGAAAGCUCCCUGGCAGAGGACAAGGACGACAGAAGAGGGAAGGCAAGUAUCGAAGACUCACGUUUUCCAAAUUUGAACAAAAAGUUAUCCUCCUCCUCCAGUGCUCUGCUCCACAAAGACACCCGCCAAGGGGACUCGGUUGUUUCUGCUGCCAACGCGUUUGUCGCAGGAGAACAGUGGGGGGUGCCGGGUCCUAAGGGUGGUAGAACCAAAUCAAGCCUGACGAGCGAUUGCCAGGAAAACCACUGCCCCAGCAAACUCCUCUCCCCAAGGCAGAAUUUGGCUCUUGGUCCUACAGUUAGUCCAACACACGAUCUGCGUGGUGUGAAUUCCGAGGCAAAGGGGGAUGUGGAGGGUGCACUGUGCGGAAGCACCCUUUCUCACAGCAGUCUGGAGAUUGAGAACCUGGAAGGCAGUAGGGCGAAGGGCAGAGCUGUGACGUCCUUUUCUUUGUCAGAUGUUUCUGCACUUGGUUCUGACGUACCGGACUUACAUUCUACUGCGAUUCUGCAGGAGAGUGAAAUCUCCCAUCUUAUCGACAACGUCACUUUAACAAAUGAGAAUGAGCCAGGCAGCUCCAUCUCAGCACUCAUUGGCCAGGUGGAUGAGACCAACGAUCAGGCUAACCUCACGGUUGUUCCUCACCCUCAGGGGACCAGUGAGGUGUCGGGCCAUCCUCCUUUGCCUACUCUGGGCCUAAAAAUGCCCUUCAAGCCUGGUUUUUCCAAGGGAAAACCCAAGUCUUCCUUUCUGUGUUCAUCUCCUGAGCUGACUGCCUUGGCAAGUCCGGACACCACCAAACAUAAUGCAAACACAGUCUGUGAAACUUCCUGCGUUCCAGUCUCUGACACUAAACCAGGCGAUGACCUUUCCAGUAAACCCAAGAUGAGGGACCUGGAGAGCAACCUGCCUGGGUGCCCAACUCCUUCCCAUGGCUGGUUACCAAAAAGUCCCUCUGAUGGAGAAGACCGGCCAACUCUGAAGAGCUUCAGCCCUGCCACGUCCCCGGAUUUGACCCUGGAGGACGUGAUAGCUGGUCCCAACUUCUGCUUCAAUUCUGGAGAGAGCAGCCUUGUGGAAAUUGAUGGGGAUUCAGAAAAUCUGUCUUCUACAACCUGUGACUAUAGGAGAGAGGCCACCAUAGGUCUGCUUGCUUCUCCUUUAAAAGUGAAGUGCAGUCAGGAUGGAGUGCCGCCCUUUCAGAGAGGUUUGAGAAACGGCUAUUGUAAGGACACUCUCUAUCCUUCUGUCCCUGAAAUAUUCAACAAUAUUCAAGAUGUCAACACUCCAAGCAUUUCUUAUCUCGCCUAUCAGGGUGCUGGCUUGGUGCAUAACCGUUUCUCAAAUUCUGAUGCAAAAAUGAACCAGACGGGUGUGCCCCGGCAGGCCAGUGCCCAGUGUGCACAUGUCCCUGUCCCCACACAGUUGGCACAUCUUCCUCUGCCUGCUCUGAAACUGCCCAGUCCCUGCAAAUCCAAAAGUCUGGGGGAUUUAACAUCAGAGGACAUCGCCUGCAAUUUUGAGAGCAAGUAUCAGUGUAUUAGUAAGAGUUUCGUCACAACUGGCAUUAGGGACAAGAUAGGGGUGUCUGUGAAGACAAAGCCGUUAGAGCCUGUAGAUGCUUUGACAGAGCAGCUUCGGAAGCUCGUGUCCCUUGACCAGGAGGACACCUGUCGUGUGCUGUAUUCAAAGCAGGAUGCCAGUCAGUUCCCCAGGGCACUGGUCCGCAAGUUGUCAUCCAGAAGCCAGAGCCGAGUGCGUAACAUUGCGAGCCGUGCCAAGGAGAAGCAGGAAGCCAACAAGCAGAAAGCAGCGGGCCCCGGCCUCGGGGGCGGUGUGGUUCUUAGGGACAAACCCUCAGCUCCCACCCCCGCAGUGAACCGCCACUCCACUGGCUCCUACAUCGCAGGCUACCUGAGGAACACAAAGGGGGCUGGCCCCGAAGGCCGGGGCAUCCCCGAGGGGGCGUGCACGGCCCUGCACUACGGCCACGUUGACCAGUUUUGUGCAGAUCAUUCUGUUUUGCAGACUGAGCCCAGCAGUGAUGAUAAACCAGAAAUUUAUUUUCUUUUGAGACUGUGAAUUAUAUGAAGCUGCAUUUUCAUUGUUUACAAGGUGUUCUGUAGAAAUGUCAGUUGUCGGUAAAUAAGGUCCUUGGCU